UGGAGUCAAACCCGCUGUAACUGAACCAGUGACGGAACCCGCAUUGCAUCACAGAAUCAAUUCCUGGCCAGUGCACGCGCCCCAGGCUCUGCCGGCUUAAUUACUCCUUUACCUUUCAACGCGUGCUGUGCACACUAAUCGGAACCGUUUAAGUGAUGCAUUAACACCGUCAAGUAGCCUAUGUGUUAAGGAAAGCGCUCGCUUUUUUCUGUUUCUUUUUUUUUCUUUUUUCUUUUAAGUUUAGCUUCCAGUCUGAGGCGAAUUCAAAGACGAGCGAGAGGCAUCAGCAACAGGGCACUGACAAUUCACCGGCGUGGACAAUUACACAGAAAGUAUCUCGAUCAUCAAUCGAGCAAUUGGUACCGAACAUCACGGACGUCAUUACUGGAUAUUGAUUGCGUUGCUCUAAUUGUGUGGAGAUUUCUUAACAUUUUUUGCGUCAUUAAAUGGAGCGGCGUAGGUGACGUUUGGACUGUUGCGUUCGAGAGGAGCUCUUACUCAAGACUAAAAGCCGGCGCGGAAAAAUAUGUAUGGACGCUACACACAGGAGUUGGGGGCCUAUGCCAAAGAAGAGGCAGCUCGUCUGCGUGAGGAUGGAGCGCUGCGAAGGACCACCAGUGUGCGUGGCCAGGCUCCAGAACUGCUGGAGUAUGAGAAGAAUCCAUGUGCCAAGUGUCAAGUCUGUACAUCACGAUGUAAGAAGUUCCUGAUUUCCCGUGUGGGUGAAGACUGGAUCUUCCUCAUCCUCCUGGGGCUUCUCAUGGCAUUGGUCAGCUGGGCUAUGGACUACACUAUUGCCUUCUGCCAGCAAGCACAGAAGUGGAUGUAUGUUGGUCUGCACAGUAACAUUCUGCUGCAAUACCUGGCCUGGGUCACCUAUCCAGUAGUUCUCAUCACCUUCUCUGCCGGAUUCACACAGAUACUGGCACCACAGGCAGUGGGAUCUGGGAUCCCAGAGAUGAAGACCAUCCUCCGAGGUGUUGUGCUGAAAGAGUACCUCACUUUCAAAACCUUUGUUGCCAAAGUGAUUGGCUUAACUUGUGCCCUUGGAAGUGGCAUGCCUCUGGGCAAAGAGGGACCAUUUGUUCAUGUUGCCAGUCUGUGUGCUGCUCUGUUAAGCAAAUUCAUGGCCUUGUUUGGAGGAAUCUACAUGCUGAAGGAAGAGCCCUUUGAGGGAAACAAGAAUGAGCUGAGAAACACAGAGAUGCUGUCAGCCGCCUGUGCCGUGGGGGUGGGCUGUUGCUUUGCGGCCCCUAUUGGAGGAGUGCUGUUUAGUAUUGAGGUCACAUCUACGUUCUUUGCCGUGAGGAACUACUGGAGAGGAUUCUUUGCCGCAACCUUCAGUGCCUUUAUCUUCAGGGUGCUGGCAGUGUGGAAUAACGAUGAGGAGACGAUCACAGCUCUCUUUAAAACACGCUUUCGUCUGGACUUUCCCUUUGACCUACAAGAGCUUCCAGCUUUUGCUGUGCUCGGAAUUGCCAGUGGUUUUGGAGGGGCGUUGUUUGUGUACCUCAACAGGAUCAUCGUGGAGUCUAUGAGAAAACAGAAAACCAUCAACAAAUUUUUGCUGAAAAAAAGACUAGUGUAUCCGGCAGUGGUCACUCUUCUUAUCUCUACACUGACCUUUCCUCCAGGGUUUGGACAGUUCAUGGCAGGCCAGCUUACUCAACACGAGUCUCUAGUGGCACUGUUUGACAACCUGACCUGGUACAAGCAAGGUGUUGCGGAGGAGUUUGCGUACUCAAGUCAUGUACCUCAGGCCUGGAAGCACCCACAAGUCAGUGUGUUCAUCACACUCCUCCUCUUCAUUGUCAUGAAGUUCUGGAUGUCAGCUGUGGCCACAACAAUGCCUGUGCCUUGUGGGGCUUUCAUGCCGGUUUUCCUCAUUGGGGCUGCAUUCGGUCGACUGGUCGGCGAGAGUAUGGCCGCUGUCUUCCCCGAAGGGAUACACGCCGACAACACUGUAUAUCCCAUAGUUCCCGGCGGAUACGCGGUCGUUGGGGCGGCGGCUCUUUCUGGCGCAGUCACUCACACCGUGUCCACCGCCGUCAUUGUGUUCGAACUGACCGGUCAAAUCUCCCACAUCCUGCCCGUGAUGAUCGCUGUGAUAUUGGCCAAUGCCGUGGCUCAGAGUCUACAGCCUUCCCUCUAUGAUUCCAUCAUCCGGAUCCAGAAACUUCCCUACCUGCCAGAGCUGGGCUGGGGACAGGAAAAAUAUAAUAUCCGUGUGGAGGACAUAAUGGUGAGAGACGUGCGGUAUAUCACGCUCUCCUCCUCUUACCGGGAUCUGCAGGAAGCUCUCGUAACAGGCCAUCUUAAAACCCUGGCCCUGGUGGAGUCCAAAGAGUCCAUGAUCCUGCUGGGUUCUAUAGAGCGCUCCCAGCUACAGUCGCUGCUCUCGCUGCAGCUCGGCCAACCUCGCAGGAUGGACUUCUUGAGAGAACGCGCUCAGGACAACGGCACCCAUGUGCCCAACUUCGCCCAAGACUCUCCCCCCAAGACUGGGCAUGGCGUACGUUUCCUGAUCUCCACUGAAGAGUCCUCAUACAGCCCCACGCUGACUAACUCCCAGAUCCCCCUCAAGUCUGCUCUGAAGACAGUGUCUGCAAUCAGCAACACAGAGUCACUGAACAGCUCUCCAAAUCUCUCCUCUGGGGAACCUGUGAAGGAGCAAGUAGAGAGUAAUGCUGGCCCCAAGGCUCAUAAGAGGAGCAGGAGGCCCAAGCGUGUGAAGAUACCCAUGAUGGAUACACCUGAUGUAGAAGAUGACAUGUCAACUGCAGAGAUAACAGAGUGGGAGGAGCAACAGUUGGAUGAGGCUAUUAAUUUCAACAACUGUAAAAUAGACCCCGCCCCCUUUCAGCUGGUGGAACGAACAUCUUUGCAUAAGACACACACCAUUUUCUCACUGCUUGGCCUGGAUCAUGCCUACGUCACCAGCACCGGACGUCUAGUAGGCGUCGUCUCUUUGAAGGAGCUGCGUAAGGCCAUCGAGGGCUCUGUAACUGUGACCGGAGUGAAAGUCCGUCCCCCGCUGGCCAGCUUUCGCGACAGCGGCAACAGCAGCAGCGUCUCGGAGGUCACAGAGCUCCACAAGUUCUGGAGUCGUCACAAGAGCCUGUCUCUGCCGCGGGAACCCAACCUCCCCGACCUGGAAGACCAAACGGAGCAGCCGUCUGAGGCCAGCUUUGUGAAUGAGACGGAGUGCACAGAGCUGUCCAGUCAGAACAGCCCCUCUCACACAGACGACCAAUCAGAGCUGCCCUACACCGAUGCUACGCCCCAAGAGGAGCAGCUACCGCGGCUCCCCUGUGACUGUACCCUCCCGAUGGAGGACGGAGACUCGGAGGCGGUCAGCGAGCAGUGCCCAGCUCCCAAUGAGGAAGCGGAGAAAGAGGGAGACCCCUCGCCGUCAGCCGGUCAGCCGGAAUGACAGCUGCUUGCGGUUGGUAACGCACACUCCAUUUACACCAUAAGCGGGAUUGUGAAGUCAGGUUGAGGAGAACCUGGAGGGAGUUUUUACGCAGUGAAGCACACUCUCUGCUCCGUACCAAUCAAACCAACCCCAAUCGCUGGUCCUGCCUUCACACGAAACACGCCGUGUGUGGGGUGCCAUAGAUACGCGCUGCAGUUUGAGUGCCGUGUGGCUUUGGAUAUGUUCGGGACUCAUGAGCGAUUGUCUGUUCGUACGCGUGUGUUCAUAAAUUUGCGUGUUUGUUCGUUUAUGGCCUUGUGGGUCAUUUCUUUUUGUGUCUGUGAGUUGAUUUCAUUGGGUUAGAUUAAUUUAAACCAGUUUAUGUUCGAGCUUUUUGUUGCUCGUGCGGGUUUUCAUCAUAAGUGUGUUUGUUCGUUGAUUUGUGGCUUCACGCCACAUUUGUUUGUGUGUGUGUUUUUUCCCUUCUUUACGCAAGCGACAGAGUGUGCGUAAGAAAAGCAGAGUGUGUGUGCGAGAGUGACUCAGCUGCACCUAGCCAACGCACCCAUCUGGUGCCGACACUUUAAAUCCAAAUAAAAUUGUCUCCGAGAGCCAAACUACAAUUUUGCUCUAAAUAUAGCCCUUAAUAACCCACACUGCAAGGAAACACGGAGGGAGAGAGUGGGGGGAAAAGAAAGGGAGCGGGUGGGCAAGAGAGUACACAGAAGACAUGGAGAGAACAAGAACAUGAUGCAAAAUGAGAGAAAGAAAGGAAGAAAGGAAGAAAGAAAGAGUCGUGGAAAGGCAGGAGAACGAUGGGAGAGUGGGGUAAAACUGUGAUGCUUUUUACUAAGUUUGUCAGCUAGGAAAGAAGAAACAAGUAAUCAGGCAAAUGAAUAUGCCUGAUUAUAUUUCAGAAUACAUACAGUAGGGGCACAGAAAUAUGACUUCUCAAGAAAAAUUAUCCAUUGGCACAACUUACCCCACAUGAGGAGUAAGAUGCGUCAUAAUAAGGGGUAAGUUGAACCAUUAGGGAACGUUUGAACUAUAUUCAUUAUAUAUUUUGAAAAUUUUAUAUUAUUUCAUUCAAAUUUUUAUUUUGCGGAAUGGGAUUCACAUUUUCAUAAAAUAACUAGAAAACAUGUGUAUUUGCAUGUAGUAGAACAAUAAUCAACAUUUUAUCAUACUAUUUGUUUUUUCAUGCUUUGGAUGCAAAAUUCAUCCUUAAUGUAUUUUCAAUCCCACUGUCACCUUUUACCAUGAAGCACCUGACACACUUUCCCCCAAAGCUAAGAUUUUGGGGGAAACAACAUCUAUAUAGUUAUUAUUCGUGACAUGAUUUAAUAAUUCAUUCCAGCUUUUAUUUUAUACAUUCGCAAUUCAUCAAAAUGUGUGAUGUAUGGACAGUACUGUCCAAUAGUCUUGGGCACUUUAAAGGAGUAGUUCACU